AUGGCGGAUAACGAAACGAUAGCUGGGGCAGAGGAUGAACUCGAAAACCGUCCCAGCGUGACGUUUCCGCAAUUGCAGGAUCUCGAGAAGAGAUUCUUCGAGGUCGUUGCCGACGGAAAUGUCGCCGAAGUGCGACUAUUCUUGGACGAGCAUCCGGAUUUCAAUAUUAACAUCAUAAAUUUCCAAGGUGUCAGCGCGCUUCACAUCGCCAUCAACGAUAGGAACAUACCGAUGGUGGAGUAUCUCUUGUCCCAACCAGAAGUCGACCCGGGCGAUGCACAUCUGCACGCGAUCAGGGAUAACCAAAUGCGGAUCACCAUAUUGAUAUUGAAUAAGCUGAAUGAAUUGACUCCCGGCUUCGAAUUCGCCGGUGUCACUCACAGUCCCGAUUUUCCGGACGAUACAACUCCCCUCGCCGUUGCGGCGCAAUGCGGACACUUCGAGAUGAUUGAUAUGCUCAGAUAUCGACGUCACUUCCUCGAAAAACCUCAUCCUCCUAGUUGUAACUGCGAAGAAGUAUGCAAGUACGACGAUGCGCGCGGAAUAUUUUUUAAAGAAAAUAUCUGAGAACCGGAAAGGGAAAAGGGCGAUAUCCUGACCAUGGAGAGAAUGCGACUGUUCAUGUAUAAAGCGGUAUCGAACCCAGCGUUUAUUUGUCAAACUGAGGAAGAUCCAAUUUUGAGAGCUUUCGAAUUAUCGGACGAGCUCAACAGAGAAGCCACGUUCGACAAAGAAUUUUAUCCCAAUUAUAAGGAGCUGUCCAAAGAGGUGUCUCAAUUCGCUACAGACUUAAUCGGAUGCGCUCGUAAAAUCGACGAGGUCGAGUGUAUCUUAAAACGGAACGUCGGUUUCGGUCGUGUCUGCAGCUUCAUAUACCCACGACUCCUGCUAGCUCUGGAUUAUGAGCAGAAAACCUUCGUGGCUCAUCCGAACGUACAGCAGUUGGUCGAGAGCACGUGGAUCGGCACUUGGCAUGAAUGGAAGAUUCGCAACACGUGGCUGAAGUGCUUGUCGGUAAUCCCGCAAAUCGCCUUGCUGCCAUUCAUAACGUUCGUCGUGCUGGUCGCACCGAACUCGAAGCGAGCCAAGUUCUACGACAUCCCCGUGAACAAGUUUCUCUCCUCCGUGGCGAAUUAUAUGAUAUUCCUCACGUUCGUGUUUCUGCAGUCGCACAGCGACAAGAUGGAGCAGCUUCGCGGACCGCCCGAUACCGGAUUUGAAUGGAUCCUCAUUAUCUAUGUCGUGUCGUACAUAAUCGCGCUCAUUCGGCUCUGCAUCGUGGAUGGCCCGAUCAGGUGUUUCAAGACGCGUAGAAAUUGGUAUGAGCUUGUUAUGCUCCUGCUGUUUGUUCUGACUUUCCUCUUCUGGAUAGUCGCCGCGAUGGACGUGAAGAUAAACGGUCAGCGUGACUUGGAAAGAAAAUACUGGUACAAGUACGACCCGACAUUGAUAGCGGAAGGGAUCCUUUGUCUUGCGACGAUCAUGGCGUUUUUCAAGCUGUUGUUUAUCUGUCAAUUAGACUACGAUCUGGGACCUUUGCAACUGUCUCUGUUCAAAAUGAUCAGAGACGUCGGUCACUUCCUCGCGAUAUUCGGUAUCAUCAUCGCGUCUUACACAGUUGGACUUUGCAAACUAUAUCAAUACUACGACGGAAUGGUGCAGACCGACUACGAGACGAAACUGAAGACCGAGCAGGAGAGUUCCUUCGUGAGCUUUAAAUCCACUCUGAAGACCCUCUUCUGGGCAGUUUUCUGCAUGAGCCCGGUAGAAAGUGCCGACGUAGUGAUCGAGAAUCUUCCCGGUGAAAGAGAAUCGGAGACAAUAAUCAAUCAUCACAGCUUCACCGAACUCAUCGGUUAUCUCGCUUUCGCAGGUUUCCAAUUUAUCUCCGUGGUGAUCGUGUUGAACAUGCUGAUCGCAUGUAUGUCGAACACCUUCACUCGGGUGACCGACAACGUUAACGUGGAAUGGAUCUUCGGCCGAACCGAGGCUUACGUCGAUUUCAUGCUUACGACGACGCUUCCGCCGCCAUUCAACAUCUUUUCGAUAUUCAGAGGAAUGAAACCGGUGAUCGAGUACAUGAAAGUGCUGAUUAAGCCACCGCCUGGCAAGCGAGCACGAUGGGACUUUAUCAAUUGUUGCUACAUCGUCAGUAUGCCGAGCUUCAAGGAGGACCUACAGGAAGAGAAGGACGAUUAUUUCGCGGAAGUUAUGGCGCAAAUAGUACAACGUUACUUCCGGCAGCACGAGAGGGAAGUGGAGGAAACGGAUGUGCAGAAAUUGAGGAAGGAACUGAUAGAGUUCAACAAUAUCCUGAAAGAGGCUCUCAGCCCGUCCUAAAGGAUACCUCGGCGUGUAUCUUGUGAUUUAAUUAAUCUCUUAACCCUCUCCCGCCCCCCCUCUCGAUACACAGCGUCUCGGUAAACAGCGUCUCGGUAAACAGCGAAGCAACUUAGUUACUACAGUAUAUGUUGGAAUAGUCGAUAGCAUGAAUCUUAGGAAAUAAGAAACGUUGAGUCAUCAGAACUAAGAGCAGAGCCUCUUUCCACGACUCCAAUUUCAUUUGUACGCAGCGACGAGAGGAUUUUUAUUGCAAUCGAGGAGAUAACGCCACUCAAAUCAGACCGCGCUCGAUCGGGCGUUGCUCGAAGAGUCGCUUGAUUUACCUCGAGAUAUUACUGUGCGAAAGGACGGUAGGAACGCGCGCGCAUGCUGCAUCUAGAUCGCGGGGAGAAAACGGAAGCGGACGAAACGAGAAAAGCGAGAGAUGGAGGAGGAGGGGGAUGACACGAGUUAAUAAUUCGCGUUAUUAUGCGAAAGUAAUUUCCUACGCGCCGAGCAGUUGUUAAUUUAAUUUGCGUCCGAUUUCCGGAUGCCGAGCGUCUAAGGACUCGGGAAUCUAUUUCUUCUUCAUCAUCAUCAUCAUCAUAAUCAUCAUCAUCAUCAUCAUCAUCUCCUUCUGUUUUUCUUUCUCCUCAUUAUCGGAGGGGAAAGCUUCCGCGGAAUCGAAACGGCACGUUCGUCGAGCUCUUGUGAUUCGGCACGACCUACGGGAGUCGCAAGCGAGAAUUUAUUCGGUUCCCUGUAAUAAACGAAGAGAGCUCCGAAGAAGACAUCUUUUCUACUCGUGGGACGUGCGCAAGUAUUCUACGUGAUCCCGUUGCGAAACGGCGAUCCUCGAAAUUCGCCACACGUCCGCCGCGGUCCUCGUUAAUAAUUUGCGGCUGACAAUGCGCGUAUGGCGACGCCUUUACACACUUCCAUCAAGCACAAACUGAUGAAGUGUAUUAUGUGAGCGCGAUGUGCGCGGCGUGCGUUCGCGGUUUAUUCGUUCUUGUUCGCGAGCAUAAAUACGCUCUAAUAUUUGUUCAGCAAUUUGCGACACUUGUUCGCGACGUAUAAUCCCGUGUCGCUUAAGUCAUCACCGUUUUUUUAAGUUUUUUUACGUGACAUGCCACCGAAAUUCGCCGCAAUUCUCAAAAUUUCUUGGGGUGAAAUUUGCAACUCGAAAUGCAGAGUGACUAUCGAGUUAUCCGAAUUCGAGUAAUUCUUCAUUCAUAUGGAUAUUUUCUACUCUAAAUCGUUGAGUGAAUAUUUUCACCCAAAAUUGAAGAGUGAAUCUGAUGAGUUGCAUUGUCACAGGAACAUACUUACUCUAAUUGAUUGAAGCAUUCGCUCAUAUGAAGUCAAAAUUCACCCUAAGCUUAGAAUAAAGCAUUCACUUUGGCGAUUUUGCAUGGUAGUAUUUUCACCAUCGCCUCGAGUAAAAUUAUUGCCACUUUUCGUUCCUUUUCGAGUGAGUCUCCACUCCAAGAAAUUUAGAGAGUAUUUUAACGUGAUACGAAAAGGUAAGCAUGUAUGAAAGAAAGAGAGGGCUGUGCGAGUCGCGCAGCUGGCGAAGAUUCAAAGUAAAUCGAGACAAUGACGGCCGGACAUUCGUCGACGCGAUCUUCGCGCGUCCGAUCCCAAGUUUCCGACUCCGAUCAGCACGUCUGCUCUAAAUUGCGACGUUAUAAUCUUGCUCUUAUUUCUCUCCUAAAUUGCGCGACCUUUCAAAUUACGCGACGUCUUUCUCAUUUUCCUUAUAUAUUUUCGACGUGGGAGUCUAAGUCGUUACUCAGAGAUCGCAGACCGUUUUGUCGCCUUUUCCCCCGGCCUGGAUUCUCAGCCGCUGUGGACCAAAUCCUAAUCUCGGCCUUGCUACUUUCGGAGACACUUAACUGGAAAUUCCACCCAGGAGAGACUCGGUCUCGUCGCAUUUGGAAAUCCAGCGCAGCUGGAAAUUGCAGGGAACAGGAGAAGAAGAGACACGCCUCAUUGAGCGAGUGACAAACGAUAUCCCGCGCGAAGAAACCCCAAAGGAUUAAAAAAGAGAGAGAGAGAGAGAGAGAGAGAGAAAGAGAGAGAGAAAAGAGAAAUCGCUUCGAUUGCGUGCCGAGUGGAGCGAGCAACAAUGUUAUCGCGUUGUGGGGAAAACUAAUCCGAAAGUUUUCACAUGGCAGUUAAUCGAAAACUCCGAACGGGGAAACGCUCGCAGCGGCGACAAAUAAAUUGAUUACGUCGGCAAUCGUUUCCAAUUGAAAGGGAAAUAGAAGGAGAUAACGUCCCCUGCGGUCCAGCAAGUUGUAUUCCAGACUUCAUUUUCCCCAAGUGUAUAACGCAUGACAGAUUUAUCCAUUACAGAUUUUGCAGGAAAAUCUUAUUUCCACUGGAAGUCAGUGAGAAAUAAGAUGAAGCAGUAAAAUGGAAUUUUAUUG